AUGGACAAUGUCGGUGCAACUGAAACUCCCAUUGACGGAAUUCUAUGGGCUCAUAUAACUUUUAUGUCUUUAGCGUUUGGAAUAAUAUUUCCAGCUGGUAUGGUCUUGGGUCUUAGUAGGUCUAAGUGGCAUAUUCCACUUCAAAUCCUAGGUUCAUUAUUAUUAUUGAUUGGUUAUUUCCUUGGUCACGCUCAUGGUGGAAGGCAAUUUAGCGGUGAUAAUAUUCAUGGAUCUUUUGCUACGAUUGUUGUCUUAACUUUAGCUAGCCAAGUUUCUUUGGGUAUAUAUCUUAAAUUACAUUUAGAAUAUGGUUUUAAUAAAUGGCUUGGACCUCUUUGCGUAAAAAUUCAUAAAUUAAUUGGAAUAAGUAUGCCUAUUAUUGGUUACAUACAAAUCGUAUUCGGUGUUAUAACCGCAACUGGAUGGUGUCGAGAUGAUCAUUUGGGUCAAUGUCUUGCUCAUUUUAUUAUGGGGUCAUCAUUUAUUGCUUAUGGCAUGAUGACGAUAUUAUUAUUGAGAAUUGGAAGUGAAUGGCUUCGAAGUAAGGGCAAAUCACAAGAUUAUUUUGACAGUUUGAUCAUCAUGAUGUGGGGAUUCAUGAACACUUGGACAGAACACAGAUGGAAUGAACCAUGGACCCAUAAGGAUUAUCAGCAUACUGCACUUGGAAUAAUGUGGUGGGCUGGUGGUUUGGUUGGAUUUUAUCUUUCAAGAAAUGGAAAGAGAAAUGUCUUUCCAGGACUUGUUAUUUUAUUUACUGGUUUCGUUAUGAGUACUCAUGCACAAUUGUUAGAAGUAUCAAUCGUGGUUCAUGCAGUUUUUGGUUAUUCAUUGAUGGGUGCAGGAUUAAUAAGGAUUAUUGAAGUAUGCUUCUUUACAAACAAUAUUGGAUCAAUUAAAGUCAUUCAACAAUUGCCUCCAUUCCUUUUGAUCCUUUCCGGUCUGUUGUUCAUGGGAGCUAAUGAAGAGCAACUCAUUUAUUUGGAUGCCAAUUCAAUCGAUCCAUAUUCUUAUUCUUUAAUUAUUAUUACAAUCUCUUUCUUAUCCUUUCUUUCAAUUAAUCUAUUUAUUGAUCUUUACUGGAAAUCAGGAAGAAAUAAUGGUGAACCAAAAUAUGAUAAAUUAUCUAAUCAUCCAAUUCCACUUGAUACGCAAACUAGACGUACUGUUAUGCAAGAUUCACCCACUUCAACUAAUGAUUAUGAAUUUAAUUCUCUUUUGGUACAUGAUAAUCAAUUUGAAGAUGAUGAUGAAAAAUAA